AUGGUAGACUAUGACGAGGCAAUCAAGUAUCUAGGAGACUUUGGGAAGUACCAGAGGCGUAUCUAUUUCGCGCUGCUACUGGCCGCUGUAACGAAUGGACUGCACAGCCUGGCGUAUGUCUUCCUCGCCGCCAUACCCGAACACAGGUGUUACAUACCUGGACUUGACUCAUCCGACCCGCAGUACGAUGACAUCGACUUCAACGGCACCCUUCCGUACGACGACAAGCGUGGCGAGUACAGCAAGUGCACUUACUACGCGCGAAACUACAGCAACAGUUGGACGUCGGGCGAGGUCGGGCAGUGGGAGGAAGUGACGUGCGAUCGCUGGGUGUACGACACGUCACAAUACAAGUCGACAGUGACGAUGGAUUGGGACUUGGUUUGCGACCGUUCGAGUCUUCAAGCUCUUGGCAACUCCUUGCUCGCAGUCGGUGUCGGUACAGGAUCCGUAGUAUUUGGAGACCUAUCCGACAG